CUCGGCGCGGGCCCGCGAGAUGCCGGUGUUGGCGGCCCGAGCGGCUGCAGCUGCAGCGGCGGGGGAGGCGGCGGCAGAGGCGGCGGCGGGGCCCGGGAGGGGGGUGGCGUGGGGGACCGGCGCGUAGCCGGGACCAUGGAGGGGCAGAGCGGCCGCUGCAAGAUCGUGGUGGUGGGAGACGCAGAGUGCGGCAAGACGGCGCUGCUGCAGGUGUUCGCCAAGGACGCCUAUCCCGGGAGUUAUGUCCCCACCGUGUUUGAGAACUACACCGCGAGCUUUGAGAUCGACAAGCGCCGCAUUGAGCUCAACAUGUGGGACACUUCAGGUUCCUCUUACUAUGAUAAUGUCCGGCCUCUGGCCUAUCCUGAUUCUGAUGCUGUGCUCAUCUGCUUCGACAUUAGCCGACCAGAAACACUGGACAGUGUUCUCAAGAAGUGGCAAGGAGAGACUCAAGAGUUUUGCCCCAAUGCCAAGGUUGUGCUGGUUGGCUGUAAACUGGACAUGCGGACUGACCUGGCCACACUGAGGGAGCUGUCCAAGCAGAGGCUUAUCCCUGUUACACAUGAGCAGGGCACUGUGCUGGCCAAGCAGGUGGGGGCUGUGUCCUACGUUGAGUGCUCCUCCAGGUCUUCUGAGCGCAGCGUCAGGGAUGUCUUCCAUGUGGCCACAGUGGCCUCCCUUGGCCGUGGCCAUAGGCAGCUGCGCCGAACUGACUCACGCCGGGGAAUGCAGCGAUCCACUCAGCUGUCAGGACGGCCAGACCGGGGGAAUGAGGGCGAGAUACACAAGGAUCGAGCCAAGAGCUGCAACCUCAUGUGAGGGGCUAGGAGAGGGCAGAGUGUGAAGAGGGGUGGUGAGGGACACAAUUGUUCCCCUGCCUGCGCCCAGGCUUUCUGACCUCCUGAGCCUGGCUGGGAAGUCAGGGCAGGCAGAGCAGGCAAUUCUUCUGGGCAGGGGAGCUGGAGGGCAGAAGGAUAUCAUCAUUUCUCAUCUCCUCCUCCCUCCUCUUCUCCAGUGGAUAUUGAGGGAGCUAACAGGGCUGGCAUCUGGGGCAUGAACUGAGAUGGGGCAGGUGGGGAUUAGGGAAGCUGAUAUCAAAUAGUGACCUUGGUGGAGUCUCCUAUGUGAAGAGUACCCUCUGUCUCCACCCCCAGUCCCCAUAUCCUGGUUCUGGCCCAAGGAAAAUGUCCAUUCUACGACCUUCUCUUUUCCUCUCCUCUCACUUCUGCAGCUAUUCUCACACACCUAACCUCUAGGCAACAUGCACUAAAUUCAAAAGCAAGGAGAAGCCCUUCCCCCACCAUCAGUCCACCAGCCCUAGAACCUCCCUUGCCUCUACAGUCACCCAAUAAAGCCCAAGUCCAUGGAAAACGGCUGUGGCUUUAGUUUUGUUGCUUUUUAAAAAAAUCAAUCUACCAAUCUCUAGCAGUAAGAGGGAAAGUUAGACCUCAGCCGGGGAACUUUCCAUGUCCGCAGAUAGAACAGAGGACAAAGCCAUAGGUUGGAUCAGAAGUGUCCUUUUAGGAGUCAGAGUUGGGAGAAGGAGACAUCCUGGGACUGUUCAUCCCAGUUAAUAAAGUGGGCAAUUCUCAGGCCAUUAGGGGAUUUUAGAGCAGACUGACAUGCAAUUAGUCAGCAUUUCUCAGCCCAGCCAAGCCUGCUGCUAGUGUGGGAGGGGUCCUGCUCACCAUCUGUACCCCUGGCUUGGAGUCUGCUGGUGCCCUAGGGGUUGUGGGGGUGAGGAGGCGUCAAAAACCUCCACAUCACAGAAGCUACCCCUAUACAGCGUGAAGUUUCCUAAGGGGUCAGUAGUUUGAUUCCGGGGUCUUCUUAGAGGCUCAGGCCAGGGACCUUUCUCUCCUUCCAUGCUGAGUUCCUUGAUGACUUUCAGGGAAGCAUCAGCUGUUAGAGUUACCCCUACCCUGUCCCUUCAAGGAAAGAUGGUGGAAAGGACGGCCGAGCGCCUGUUGUCAGGAAAGACAGUGCUGGUCUGUUUUCUCGGGAGUCUGGUUUCAGAUUGUCCUGUAUUCCCUCCCUGGCUCUGGUCCCACUGGCCUCUUUUCGGUGACAUUCUCCCCCAGGAACCAUCCCUGGCCCUUCCCUCCCCCAGCCCCAGCCCUAGCCAGUUCUCCCAGACACACUGGAAGAGAACACUGACCUUACCCAACUGUCUGCUGGGAUCCCACCCAAAUUUAUAGCCCAUUCCUCCCUCUUCAUUCAUCAGCAAGUAUGUAUUGAACACCAACUGUGUGCCAUACACUGGCUUGGGAGAUUGCAAGGACCAGUCUCUAAGCUUCUGGAGGCCAACCCAGUGUAGAAGAGAGGUACCCCAGGUGUGAGGGUGCCAUGACUGAGGGAUAUUUGUACAUGUACAGGGUGCUAUGGGAGCUCCUUGCAGCCUGAGAAGCCAGUCCUGUUAGCCAGGUCCUGAGGGUUGAAGAGGAGUUUGCCAGGCAGGGAAGGGGUAGGAAAGGCACUCUGGGCAGAGCGUACAGCAUGUGUAAACACGUGGAGAUGAGAAUGAGCAUAGCACUGUUGGGGCUCCCAUGGCAGGGAGAAUAGAAGACAAGGCUAGGAAGGUACCCUGAGGCUACUGCAGGGUCCACAGAGGAACCAGGAUUUCAUUCUGAGGAUGAAUGAAAUCAUCCUCAGAGGAUGAAGCCACCAGGAAUUUCAGGCAGAGAGUGAAGUGAUCAGAGUUGUUUUUUGGAUAGAUGGUUAUCUGGAUGAGGUAUUUGGGGCUGGGAGAUUUGGCUCUGAGAUGUGUCAUUUAAAAUAGCUUGUCAGCAGUGACUCACACCUAUAAUCCCAGCCAAGAUUCCUCCUUUGGGAGGCCAAGCUGGGAGGAUCGCUUGAGGCCAGGAGUUCGAGACUGCAGUGAGCUAUGAUCAUGCCAUUGUCUUCCAGCCUGAGUGUCAGAGUGAGACCCUGUCUCUAAAAA